GUUAUAGAAAAUAUUGAAGAAUUCAGGUGUGUUGAAAGUUACGUCAUUGGUACGCAAGCGUCAAACAGUUAAAGGUGUGACUGACAUCUUUUAGGUUUAUGUAAUAGACGAUUCUGUUUAAGGGUGCAUAGUUGUUUCGUCGUAAGCUCUUGUGUAAAAAUUUGAUAUAAUUUUGUUAGAAAAAAUGUUACGUAUCGUGGCAGGACGCGUUGGAUCUUCCAUAAGAAAUGCAACGAUACCUCGUGCAACGAUUAUUGGUACACAAUCCUUGAGAAAUUCUCAUACUACCGAAACCGACGAAGAAUUCGAUGCACGAUAUGAAAAAUAUUUCAAUCGUCCUGAUAUCGAUGGCUGGGAAGCUCGUAAAGCUAUGAACGAUUUGGCUGGUAUGGACAUGGUACCCGAGCCCAAAAUAAUCUGUGCAGCGUUGAGAGCAUGUAGAAGGUUAAAUGAUUUUGCCUUGGCUAUUAGAUUUUUGGAAUCCGUUAAAGACAAAUGUGGUCCAUAUGUCGAUACUAUUUAUCCAUAUAUUCUUCAAGAGAUUAAACCUACCAUGGAUGAAUUGGGUAUUAAUACUUUAGAAGAAUUAGGAUAUGAUAAACCAGAAUUAGCCUUAGAAAAUCCGAACAACAUGUAAUUUGAAAAUAUAUUCAUUUGACGUAUAGUAUUUAUAUUAAAUAAAUGAAAGUGCAUCUUAGUGCAAAUUUAUUCAUAUCAUUUAUGAAUGAUUAAAUUGAAUCAUUAUUAAAUGAAAUAAUGUACUUUCAAUAAAUCUAUUUAUAAAAAAAAAUGUUUCUUAAUCUAAUAAACAAAUUAUAAUUGGCAUACAGUUGUUGCUAAUUAUUGAUUGAUUGAUUGAUCGAUCGUAUAAUCUCUAUUGAUAAAAUCUAGGUUAGAAUUGUGACAUGUACGACGAGGGUCAGUGCAAUUUUAAUUAACGUGGGAAACAUAAUGAAGAAAUGAUAUGUGUGCUAUAUUUGAACUGUUUUUUUUUUUUUUUUUCCAUUGGUUCUUUAUGUCAUUCAUGUUUUGUUAAAUGGCGAUGGA